CUAAGGGAUCUCUAUCCUUUCCAGUAACUUGGGAGCUGGUCUGCAGGUUCCAGCAGGCAGGCGCAGCUGCUCGCACACCCCAUCGGGGUGGCCGGCCCGGGGAGCGCGCAGCUUCGGGAGGGGCGCGUCGGAAGCGGUAAGGGAAGCGGACACCCGCCUCACCAGCCACAGGGGCCGAGUCAUCCCUGGCGAUCAAGGGGGUGACAGCCGUGGCAGGCACAGCGCCCUCACGUGGCCCUCUCCAUUACAGCAACUUAAACGGCGCAGCCCCAGCCUCUUUCCCUAGGAAAAUCCGAAGCCCAGAAUGCCCCGCGGUGCGUAAACGCCGCGACCCCGCCCCGACGCCGCGCGGUGCCCUCUGGGACGUGUAGUGCGUGCCCUUUCCCCGCACGCUGCCCUUGGCCCGCGCGCUUCUGCAGCUGGGGGUCGGACUAUGCCCCCCAGGAAGGUGAUGUCUUUCAAGCGGAGGGUAAGAACCGAGGGACCUGAGAAGUGAGCGAUAGAACCCCGCCUGUUUCGGCCCUUGCUGGGCACCAGGGACAAGCGUGACUUCAGAGCCGUAGAACCCACCUGCUCUGGGAUCCUGCGGGGAAGUUGGCAGACACUGGGGAGAAGAACUUGCGGGCAAGUCAGGGCUGGGAGCGGCGCGGUUUUUCUUUUUCCGGUCGGCACGUUUGGGAUCUCGGGUUCGGCUGAGAAAUGGAGACACCGUAAACUACAUAUUGGAAUGGAUUUAGAGUCAUCAUAAGGGAAACAAAAUCAUGAAAUUACUUUUAUGCCAGCACAUGGCACCUGCCUACUAGUUGCAGAUGGUUUCUUUACCUAAGGAUACCAGACUCACUGGCUUUGAGUAUGUUUUGCCUAAGAGCCACUUGUCCCUUCUUCUGGAAAGUGUUUCGCUUUCGACCCUUCAGUUGCAAACCGCUGAUUGUUCAGAUGAAUGAGUGCACAGAUGAAAAGGAAAUAUUUGAUGUCAUUGACAGAAACAAAGCCACACUUUCGGCAAAGCAAGUAGGACAUGCAUUUAAUGUACUUUGGCGGCUUCAAAGGCAGAAAAAAAGCUCAUUACAAAACGCUGAGUGUGUCAGAGACCACCCCCAGUUUCCUACUCUGUAUAACUUAACCACACAUAAAAUCGAAUCAAUGACUGAUGCUACUCUGGUGAACGUGUUACACAUUGCCCCACGGUUUGCUGUCGCAGCCCACGACCCGCUAGUUGAAUCACUAGUCACAGAAGCAUGGAAAAGGUUGGAAAGGCUUGAUAUUAAUGUGCUGUCAACAUUUUCUGCUUGCCUAGCACAUCAACAUUUGCGCUGCAGUCCAUUAAUGGGCAAAAUAGCUGAUAUUGUAAAUAGGAAGUUGGAAUCUAUACAGGACUUAAGGUCUUUGUCUGUCUUGAUGACCAACAUAUCUUCUUUAAUAUCACAACAUUUUCAAGAAAAAUUAAUAAAGAAAACAGAACUUCUUUUUGACACCAUAGAUUCUUCUCAGGUCAGCACUGCAAGAAAAAUAGUACAGUUUCUCAGGAAUGUUAAAUGUACUCAUUACCCACUAUUAGAGCAGUGUGAUAAAGUGUUUUUAAGCAAUGCGGCGCACCUUGAUUUGGAUUCCAUCAGUAACAUACUUGCUAUGUAUCAGUUUCUACGGUUCGAUAGUUUUGAAUUUGUUUCAGUGGCUAAAAAGAGGCUCACUGAGAUGAUUCCUUUGUUCGAGCACCCUGAAGCCUUUGUGAAAUUGUUCGUUGCGUUGGGACCAGUGGCAGGACCUCAAGAAAAGAAACGACUAAAGUCAACUCUGUUACUGAUGUCAGAGGAGCUGACCAGCCAGCAAGCCCUGGCAGUGGUGGAAGCAAUGGAAGAAAUGGAAAGCAGAAAUUCACAGCUGAUUCAAAAAAUUGCUUCAGUUCUGCAUAAAAAUUUGGAAAACUAUAGACCAGUAGAGCUGUUAAGGAUAACUCAAGCAUUAAAUGUUCUACAUUUUCAAAGUAAAGAGGUUUUCGUGAAACUCAGAGAAGUACUACUUAGUUCCUUGAAGGGUAGCUUCCGCGUGAUGGAGACUGCCAGCCUGCUCUGCGCCCUCUCCUUGCUCCCUUCUGCUCACCAGGACGAAGCCGUGCUGUCCCGGAUUGAAGCGUUUUUACCCCAGUGUGACCUCAGUAGCCUCACUAAUUUCACCACGUUUGUUUUAAGAUGGAUCGAGAGUGAUCACAUGUAUUUCGGUAGAGUUAUUGGGAAACAGCUGAAACUCCUUCACACACUAAAUCUCUACAGUCGGCAGAGAUUACGACAGAGCAACAAUCUACAUCUCUUAUGGGAAGAACUUAAAUAUGUAAAAGGGGACAGGUUACAUGAAUCGGUUCUGGAGGAAACAAUUGCUGCUUUGCAGCAUUUGAUGGAUGAAAUUAAUUACACAAAUGUUGCAAAGAUUGCAUCCUUUGUGUAUGAAAAUAACUACCUCAGCACUUCGCUACUCGAUAGGAUAGCAGCGGUGGUUGUUCAGCAGAUUGAAAAGAUCCAUCCUUUCUCAGUCCUGGCUAUUAUUCUACCAUUCAGCCGCUUGAACUAUGACCCACCUCAAAGGGAUGAGUUUUUGGGAGUGUGCGUGCAGUGCCUUCACUCUCACUUAGGUGCACUGUCUCCCCCUGUGUUAGUGCUUCUUGGCUACGCUUUGGCCACACUGGAAUAUUUUCCAGAAGAUCUGCUGAAGGCAAUUUUUAACAUCCAGUUCUUAGCCAGAUUAGAUCCUCAGCUCGAAAUUUUAACUUCAUCUCUGAGUGGCAAGGUCCAGUUUCAUCUGAUGGAGUUGAAUAGAGCUGUCUGCUUGGAAUGUCCUGAGUUUCAAAUUCCAUGGUUUCAUGACCGCUUCUGUCAACAACAAUGUAAUAAAGAUACUGGCAGCAUAAAUGGAGCACAGCAGCAGAUUUAUAAAAUCCUAGCAGAGGCACUAGGAGGACCCAGUUUUGUAAAAGCCUCUGUUCUGUCACCGUAUUAUCACACAGUAGAUUUUGAAUGUAUCUUGGAUAAAAGAAAACAGCCUCUUUCUUACGGAAGCCAUAAUGCAACUUUGGGGAACCCAGCAGGAAUGUACUGGGAAUCAAACAUCCAAACAGUGCGAUCAAGUCUUCCAUCUGGAGCUGAAAGGAUUGCAUUCGAAUUCCUGAACUCAAAAGCUUUUUGUAGAAAUAUUCCUCACUUAAAAGGAAACCCUGCUAUGAAGAAGCGACACUUAGAAAUUUUGGGCUAUCGUGUGAUCCAGAUCCCUCACUUCGAGUGGAACUCCAUGGCACUGUCAAUCCCAGAUGCUCGCGUGGACUACCUGAGACAGCGUAUAUUUGGAGACGGGAAAUCAUGAUUGUUAUUUUUAUUUAAUAAGAUUUGGACAUGGUUUUGAGGGUGUCCUCCAACGGUUCACAUGUUAGAGGCUUGGUCCUUGGUGUCACAGUUCUUUUUUUAGGGGGGAGGUACUAGGGAUGGAACCCAGGGCCUUGUGCAUGCAAGACAAGAACUCUACCACUGAGCCACAUCCCCAGCCACAGGCCUUUUUAUUUAAAAGGAAUUCUUAUGGUGCAUCACCUUUGUAUGUGUUAUCCUGAAGUGAAA